UUCCUCGCUGGCUACCUCCGAUCGCAGAAACGAGAUCGAUCAGCUGCCACCGCUAGCAAACAGUGCCGAUCGAGCGGGACAGCAACCGGAGCUCUCCUCCGUCGCGUUCAAUUCGCGCGCAGACGCCGCAACGGCCAUUAUUCAUUGGCAGCCGGCCGGCCGGGAGCGCGCGCGAGGUAGCAGCUACCCCCAAACCAAACUCCCACCACGUACGUGUGCCAAAGGAGACUACCCCACCCUGAGUUCACUUCGUCCACCCAACCUGUCCUCGUCGCUCGCUCUCCUCUGAUCCGGCGCCCGCCCCACGAGCGAGAGCCUGCUGCUUAUAUACCAGCCCACGCAGGCGCGCACAGGCACAGCCCCAACGCACCGAUCCCCCCAGCGGCCAAGGGUAGUUCGCUGUCGUCGUCGGGGCACGAGAGAGAGAGAGAGCCAGGCAAGCAUCGUCGAUCUUCUACUUCCUGAUCGCGGCGACGCGAUGGCCGGCGGGGAGAGCAAGCUGGUGAGCCCGCUGCUGCGGGGCCCGGCGGCGGGGAGCCGCGGGGGGGAGGAGGCGAGCGGGCAGCUGGAGGGCAUCCUCGGCGACGCGGCGCUGCCGUGGCGGCGGCGGAUGGCCGCGGCGACGGUGGUGGAGAUGCGCCUGCUGGUGCGCCUGGCGGCGCCCGCCGUGCUCGUCUACAUGAUCAACUACCUCAUGUCCAUGUCCACGCAGAUCUUCUCGGGCCACCUCGGCACGCUCGAGCUCGCCGCCGCCUCCCUCGGCAACACCGGCAUCCAGGUCUUCGCCUACGGCCUCAUGCUGGGGAUGGGGAGCGCGGUGGAGACGCUGUGCGGGCAGGCGUACGGCGCGCACAAGUACGACAUGCUGGGCGUGUACCUGCAGCGCUCCACGGUGCUGCUCAUGGCCACGGGGGUGCCGCUCGCCGCCCUCUACGCCUUCUCCCGCCCGAUCCUCGUCCUCCUCGGCGAGUCCCCGGACAUCGCCGCCGCCGCCGCCGUCUUCGUCUACGGCCUCAUCCCGCAGAUCUUCGCCUACGCCGCCAACUUCCCCAUCCAGAAGUUCAUGCAGGCGCAGAGCAUCAUGGCGCCCAGCGCCUACAUCUCCGCCGCCACGCUCGCCGCCCACCUCGUCCUCAGCUACCUCGUCGUCUACCGCCUCGGACUGGGCCUCCUCGGGGCCUCGCUCACGCUCAGCCUCAGCUGGUGGGUCAUCGUCGCCGCCCAGUUCGUCUACAUCGCCACCAGCCGGCGAUGCAGGCUCACCUGGACGGGGUUCUCCUGGCAGGCCUUCUCCGGCCUCCCCAGCUUCUUCAAGCUCUCCAUCGCCUCCGCCGUCAUGCUCUGCCUCGAGACCUGGUACUUCCAGAUACUCGUGCUCAUCGCCGGCCUCCUCAAGGACCCUGAGCUUGCACUGGCCUCACUCUCUGUCUGCAUGACGAUUUCAGGGUGGGUCUUCAUGAUCUCGGUUGGGUUCAAUGCAGCUGCCAGUGUCCGGGUGAGCAAUGAGCUCGGCGCCGGCAACCCCAAGUCGGCGGCGUUCUCCGUCGUGGUGGUGACGGUGCUGUCCUUCAUCCUGUCGGUGCUCAUCUCGGUGGUCAUCCUCCUGUGCCGGGACUACAUCAGCUACAUCUUCACCGAGGGCGAGGACGUGUCGCAGGCCGUGUCCCAGCUGACGCCGCUGCUGGCGCUCACCCUCAUCCUCAACGGCAUCCAGCCCGUCCUCUCCGGGGUGGCCGUGGGCUGCGGAUGGCAAGCGUUCGUCGCGUACGUCAAUGUCGGCUGCUACUACAUUGUCGGCAUCCCCCUCGGGUGCCUCCUCGGGUUCUACUUCGACCUCGGAGCGGCGGGUAUUUGGAGCGGCAUGAUCGGGGGCACACUGAUGCAGACCUUGAUCCUGGUGUGGGUGACAUUCAGGACCAACUGGGAGAAAGAGGUGGAAGAAGCGCAGAAAAGAUUGAACAAGUGGGAAGAUAAAACUCCUCAAUUGUUGGAGUAAGAGUGGAAUGAAAUCUUCCUCAUCUAUUGCCACCCGAAGAAUGGGACUUGGAUGGGGUCCUCUACUAUUGGGCCAGCAGUUGAAGCCGGGAUAAGAACUGUACGGUUGCGCCGUUGAUCUGCUCAGCAAAGAAGGAAUUUUGAUGUGCCUCCAGGCGUCGAGGACCUUGUGGCCAGCGAUUCUCCUGCGUCGAAUGCUUAAUGGAAGUAGUUGUUCCGUUCGAGAAUGUUGUUCCCAUCUGUUGUUCAGCGAUAUGAUUGUGUACGAACCACUGAACCAGUAUUAAUUAAUUUUGUUGUCGAGCUUUGUAUGCGA